AUGCCGCCGCCGCCGCCGCCGUCGACGCUCGCGCGCGCGCUCGCCGCGUCGCUCGCGCUCGUCCUCCUCAACGCGCCGUCGAACGCCCAGGCGGGCGGGCGCCGCGGCGCCGCCGCCGAGCCGUGCGCGCCGGUGAGCACGGCGUCGCCCUUCGACCUCGACGCGUACGCCGCGCACGCGUGGUACGUCCAACAGCAGCAGGUGGUGCGAUAUCAACCAAGGGAGUCGCUCUACUGCGUGCGCGCGUCCUACCGCGUGAACGACGACGACGCCGUGGACGUGUACAACACGGCCAACGUCGGCGGCGUCGACGGGCCGCCGCAGAACUCCGACGGCUUUCGGCUGCGCGCGGUGAUCGAUCCCGACGCGGACGAUGACGCGCCGAGCAAGCUCCGCGUCGGGCCGAGGUUUCUUCCGAGGUUUCUGUACGGGCCGUACUGGGUCGUCGCGGUGUCUCCGAGCGAGCCUCGCGACGAGAGCGACCCCGUCGGCCCUGGGUAUGACUGGGCGAUCGUCAGCGGCGGUCAACCGACGAUCCCGACGGGAGACGACGGGAAGUGCCGCACCGGGAGCGGCCAGAACGACAGCGGCUUUUGGUUGUUCACGCGAGAGAAAAUCGCGUCCGAGGCGACGCUCGAAGAGAUGCGCGCCGUCGCGUCCGAGAAAGGGUUCGACCUGAGCGCGUUGGAGCCCGUGACGCACGAGGGUUGCGAGUACCCGGAAGAGUGA